AUGCGAGGCGGCGGCAACCUGCCGUGUCGCAGAGACAGUGAUGCGAUGAUGGAGGCGAACAACAUCGGGGCGUACCCGGGAGUCGUCGUCACCGAUGGGCACGCGGUGCUGCCCGAAGGCAUGACGCACCUGCCGGCUUGGGCGUUGUUCAACCGCACCCCUCUCGUCUCCAUCGGCAGCAGCGCCUUCGAAGGCUGCUUCUCGCUGGCGCGUGAGUGA